AUGGUAUGCAAGAAUGCAGAUUGUCCCGCAAGGGUGCACGGCUUUCUCCCUAAGUAUGGCACAAGUUGGGUGAUAAGUGACUUAGUUAAUCACACUUGUCUUAUUCCCUGCAUCCCUCAAGAUCAUGCCAACCUUUCAUCCACGCUUAUUGCUCGACUGUUUUACGAUGAGAUAGUGCAAGGCAAAGCUAUGGAAUGUCGGGAUUGUGGUUGCUGAAUGGGGACAUUGAUAAGGGUCAUCGUGGUGCGAUAUGGUAUGAGCGCAAGCUUGAGCCUCUCGUCACUCGCACUCCUAAGGAAAACUGGAAGAUACACUCAGGAUGGUUUCAGCGGUUGAAAUGGGCCGGCCUUUUACCUUUCGCGCGUCUGGUUGAGUCUAUCCCGGGUGAGAAAUGCGUCGCCAUCGAUGGGUCUUUGCUGAGCUGCUUAGUGGACCGUUGGAGGCCAGAGACCCACACGUUUCACUUCAGAUGGGGAGAGAUGGCUCCUACUCUGGAGGAUGUGUCACUUUUGCUCGGACUACCGUUGGCAGGUCAUGCCGUAGGACCGUUGGACGCACCGGCUGGUUGGGAGCGAGCUCUUACAGAACGUUUUCACGGUGUUUUUCCGGAUGCUCCCGAUCCGGUAUGGGAGCAUCACGGACCUAAGUAUGAGUGGUUGCUAAAUUUCCGGAUCCAGAACUUCCGGGCGCCCUUGACUGCGGAACAGAUCACUCGGAGCCUCGAGGCCUACUUACUGUGGCUUUUCGGCAAGGUGAUGUUCACGGAGAACCAUGUCACCACUAUCAGCGCCCUCUACAUCCCUAUGGCACUCGAGAUAGCGAGCGCUCAGACGGCGGAUCAGAUCAGACAGAGGAGUUGGGGUUCGGCGGUGUUAGCGGCUACAUACCGAGGUAUGUGCAACGGUUGCCAGCUUACAUCGAGAAAGCCAGCCCUUCUUGGAUGCCCUCUAUUCCUACAGCUGUGGUCGUGGGAGAGGUUCUCUAUAGGGCGACCAGAUGUACGGGUUCAUGAGCCUAUAGACGCCAUGUUUGAUGUUGAGGGCAUCGACAUGCCUACUUUCGGUCUGUGUUGGACUCGUCGCAAGGUAUGCACCGUGUUGUAGUUUAAUGCAACUUUUUCUGCACAAGAGAUCGAUCGAUGCGAGCGGCUACUAACUUU